AUGGUGCUCCUCUUCAUUCUCGUCGAUACAUACAACAUCAACCACGAAAGAAGACAAAAUUGGAGAGGAGGACAGGGUGCAAAAUGUGAUUCAGAUGACGACUGUGUUUGUCCUUUUAUUUGCCGUUUUGGUGGUGAGGAUACAUAUAAAUGCCAAAUAACUGAUACACGAGGUUAUGAUGAAGCUUGUGGUUUUUGUAAUUUCGACAUUACGGUUGAAAUAGUUCCAGCUAAAUAUAGAAUGAAAAACCGUGCUUGCAAAGAAGGUUUAAAAUGUGCUCCUGGUAAUGAUGUUUCAUUUAUUUGUGUCAAUACACUAGAUAUCGGAGCGGAAUGUGAUAGCGAUGAUAGAUGCCUUAGCGGAAUCUGUCGCAUGUACGGUGAAGGUGCAAAUACAUGUCAAAAAAAUGAUACGCGAAAACUCGGAGAGUCUUGUUAUAAUGAUUUCGCGUGUGCUGCCGGAGAUGGUAAUGAAAACAUAUUUUGUGGAAGUGAUUUAAAUAGUGGUAAAGGACUUUGUUGUGACGAUUACGAAAAGUGUGCCAAUCCCAAAUCGACUUAA